AUGGGCGUGUCAACGGAUAAAAAACCCAAAGACGCACCCAAUCAAUCGGAGGCUCUCAGCGAGUCUUCCAGUGAGCGACCACCUUCCUAUUCCGCCGACAAGGUCGAGCAGCCGCCAUUAGCAUUGCCACAGUUGCAUCUGGGGCCCCCAACGUCUUCUUCAACUACCGUCACUCGCGAUCAGUGCGUUGCACACCUCAAGCUUCUGGCUGUGUUCGCAGACCUGCGAGAUACUAUCUCUAGUGACGAUGGCCUCUUUGGGAUCAACGAUGCCGAAGCUGAGCGAUUCCCAGAUUCGCUGAAUGAAGCGCGGGCUCGUAUUCGCGAAAAGCGCUGGGCCGUAUAUACAGCGCGUGCGGUUGAUCGAUAUACCAAGUGGUGGUCUAUUGGCCUUCCCCGGUCAAGGCCGAUGGCAACUAUCAGUGACUUGGAGGAUAUUGACUAUGAAAAUAUCAUUAACUGUGAUACAGUAGUUGCAUGGAGCCAGGACAAUCUACCCCCGCUAGAUAUCUUAAUGGUCUGGCAUGCUCAUUCGUUGAAUCCCCGGAACUUCCUUGAGGAUUGCAUUCGAUAUGGUAAAAUUAGCACCUGGGCAACGGGAUUCCCAUGGGAAGUGAUAGAUAGCUGCAUCAACAACCAUACUCUCGAGUAUACGGUUUCCGAACAAGCCCAGAAUCAGUUCGAGGAAAAAAUGAAUCUCAAGUGGAACAAUCUGCAUGACCAGCCAACCAAGGAGGUUAAUUGCCCGUGCUGCCAAAAAGUAAACACUGUCCCGUGGACAGAUGCUUACUUUGGGGACACUGUUGCUAACGCCUUCAAAUUUGGCAAUGGCUACGCCGAUAAUUCAUUUGAAGUGAAAUGCGUCGGCUGUGACCACAUCAUCGACCACGGCCGGCUCAAGGUGGCAAAGUUCCGAAAAGACCUUUCAGAAACCCUUUACGAUGGAUUCCCUAUGCCCGGGGCGUUCACCAACCUCCAAGGAAUUCCCGAGGGCCCAAAGGUUCGAUUCACUCACCGGGCCAUCCGGUAUAUGUUAUUCCCCACACGAGUCCUCCAGGCUGCCGGAAAGAGCUUGAUGGAAUUCACUGAUGGCCGAGUGGAUUGGUGUCAGAACGUCACCCGCCUGAGGGAGGAACUCGAAACCAAGCUACGCGAUCAAAAGAUUUUGACGAACGCGCAUGGUACCAGCCACACUGUUAUCCGGCCUGCCGAGAAGAUUCACUUCCGACGAAUGAUGUCUCGAUACUGGGAUAAUCUCGGUCCCUUCGCGCUAGACCUUGUGGGCGCCGUGAUCAGACAAGGUACCUUCGUAGAUAAGAUGGACCAAAUUGACUGGCUGCACUCGCCCACAGUCUUCGACACCAUGGACCGGCUGAUCAAAAAGUACGAAGUGUUCUUCCAGAUCAUGAUGGAUUACCCAAAGAAUAUGGCCGUGCCCACACUGGACGUCGACCUGGCCUGGCACACACACCAACUCAGCCCAUCGUGGUAUUAUAGAUACAGCACCCUCAAGUCAACAGCUACUGGACUUCGCGUAUUCAUCGACCACGACGAUAAAGUCGACGAGGGAAAACUCUCCGACGGCUUUGCCUGGACCAGCAAAAUGUACCGCCGUGCCACCGACGGCGGCAUAUAUAGCGAAUGCACCUGCUGGUACUGCGAGGCGACACGAACACCAGACCUGUACGACCGCUUGAUCACUGUUGGCUCGGCCUCUCGCGCCCGAGCCGCUGCAGAUCUCUUGCACGAUCGCCCCGAUAUAUCGUCCGACCCAAACAAAAACCCGCAUAUCUCUUCUCACAACGCUGUCCGGCCAACAAACCUGUCCGAUUCGACUGAGAAGGCUGGCGCUCUGAAAUAUAUGCGUUUACAAAGCAGCUACCAAAAGGCAGCUCGACGUGCCCAGAAGCGUGGCCGUCAGCGAUCCGACUCCAAGUCAUCUAAUAAUCAAGCCGACAUUUAUCCCUACUACAUGCCUUAUGCAUAUGGGUACCCGAUCGUGGUGCCAUAUUAUGGACCGUACAUGAUGGACCCAUCCAUCAACUGUGAUUCGUACGCAAGUAACCCUGGCUGCAUGAAUGUCGUUGCAGGCGCCGCUGGAAACUGUUGUGCCGGCACGUGUGGUAAGUUCUUCUGA